AUGGCAGAGAUACAGAAGAAGCUGCAAGAACUGUCCGAUGAGUUCCAGAAGCUACAGGGCGAGCUCUCGACCGUUGUUGAGGCACGCGAGAAGCUCGAGGCGCAGCAGCAGGAGAAUACGACUGUGAAGAAGGUGCGAUCUGGCUGUAGAACAGAAUUCGAUCUUCUCGCCGACGAUGCAAACAUUUACAAGCAGAUCGGACCUGUGCUCCUGAAGCAGGAUAAGACUGAAGCCGUGAUGGCUGUAAACGGCCGUUUGGAAUUUAUCGAGAAGGAGAUAGGAAGAAUUGAGAAACAGAUCAAGGAUAUCCGGGACAAGAGCGAGAAGGUUAAGAUCGAGAUCAUCCGGAUUCAGACUGCAGCCCAACAAGCGCAGGCAGCUGCAUGA